AUGAUUAAAAGUAAUAAGUGGAGAGAACGAGGCAGCAGUAGCCGUAGAAGAUUUGUAGGGAGGUAUUGUGGUGGUGGUGUUGGUGUUGUGGACGAGUGUAGUUGUGGAUACUGUGGGUUAUCUAACGAGUGCUUGUUAUGGGGGUUGGAGGCUGUAUGUAGAAAGUGGGAGUUCGUGCUUAAGGGGGGCGAGAAGCUUCUGGGUGAGGGAGAGAACAGUGUCAAGUUACUAGUGUGUGUGAGGUCAGCACGAGCAAGUGUCGCGAUGGAUGGCUAUUCGGUCUUUUGUUCUCUGCCUCUGCGCUUGCUUGUCUCUGCUGGCCGUUCAACUUAA